AUGCGCAUCUCCAGCCCUAAGGCCAGCAGGGGUCCAGAGCUGUCAAUCGGUGAGGCAGCAGUGUUGUUUCUCCUGCUGACACCUACAGUAGCACUCUGGGAACAUCAUACGGACAAUGAGAUGGACACGUCUGUGGGAAUGUUGUAUAAUAGUCCGCUGGACUCCUGUCCGAAUCACUCUCCCCUCACCAAUAUAUUUCGCAAUCAUCCAUCAAAGCUCCCACCACCGACAACCACCAUCGACCAGCGAGUCCGUGCUCUCCCCUUCAAAUUUAUCGACAGAUUAGCGAAUACCAACCCCUCUUCCUGGAAAUCAACAAGACUCUAUAAACCGCCUUCAUACAUGAUCGGCUCAAUCUCCAUCCAUCCUGCCUUUUCUCCGUCACUCUUGACUUUGCAACAAUCGCCGCCAAUACGACCAUCAUCACCACCUCCGUCCAGCAAGAUGUGCAAGGCAAAAGUCUCCCUUCUCAAGGGUAUGCGACCUCAUUUCUCCAAUCAACAACAUGUCACCUCGACCCAAAAGAUCCUUUCCUCGACAUGUUCGACCUCGUGCAUCUACUGUGACGUUUGGAAACUCGCUGCUCUGAUCGCUUCGCAUGUUCCUCUACGGGCCCGAUACAACCUUCCACCUAGUUCUCCGACGACUUCACCAACAUGCUCUCGACCAUCUAGCCCGAUUGCAUUCUCAUCAACAUUCUCCACGUCAAUGUCAACAUCGCCCGGAGAUAUUGCCUCCGUAUCGAGGAAAAUCGAAGCUCAAAUCCAAGCUCAGCGAUCACAGCUUAAUUCCAUCCUCAGUUUCUGCACACUAUCCGGAGCUGAUGAAUGCGAGGGUCUAAGAAUGGCUCACGACCGAUGUUCAGCGGCGGUAGAAGACCUCCUCGACCAAGAAGAAGAUCUCGAAGAAGCUCUCCUCGAAGACCUCCAAAAGCAACAGUCCGUCUAUGACUACGAUUGUGACCAAAGCCCUGCUUCACAAUACACAUAUCCCGACAUUAACGGCUACUCUUAUUCUCACCCGUAUUCAUACCCUCAGGAACGACGACUGAGUGCUGUUGAUGUAGCUAUUUGA